CUGAGGGGGGCACUAUCCCAUUGUUCUGUCCCCGCAUGAAGGCAAGUGAAGGUGUAACUGAUAGUGCCUGUGACUUUCCUACCUUCGUAUCCAAGCAGUGGAGCAGACCGGACCGUCAGAAGCUCAGGUAAAGGAGCUGAUGCUGAAAUCAGGACCAUUACAAUUUACCAAGCUGUGGGGUCAUCGGUGGUCUUCCCUGCAGUAAACUUCACUACAGACAAUGUUUUUGAUUUUAAGAAAGGCGACCGAUUAGUCUAUACAUGCCACGGCUCUGGGACUGUGCGGCCGCCAUAUAGAGAACGUGGACACUUCAACUCCAUGUUUGGGACAUUUGAACUAAGAGAACUGACAGAAGAUGACAGCAGCACCUAUAAGCAAUGGGUGGACACGAAACUUGUGGCUGUAAUAAAUCUCCAUGUGAUAGAACCAUUGAAAGAGCCGACCCUGCGAAUGUUUGAGACAAUACAUGGCAACCAAAGUUACAUAGACCUGGAGUGCAGCGUCCAGGGACCAGAGCUCCUCAGUAUGACAUUCCUGAAAGAUGGAGAAGAGAUCACUGGGAACAUCACCGGGAAGGGCCACACCAGACAAUUGACUAUGGACGCCUGUGAUCCUGGUUCUCCUGGGAUAUACACCUGUGUAGUGGCCAACCCUUUGGGCAACAAGACAUCUCCAGGGAUUAAAGUGACUGAAGACAAAAAUGACUGUAAGAAGGAUCCUGAGAAUUGGAUUAUCGGCUUUAUCCUCAUCAUCAUCUUCAGCAUCUUCAUCUGUAUCAUCGCUGCCGUCACCAUACGUUGCUUCUUUGUAGGAAAAAGUCGAGAAGAAAACAGGAAGAAGUUAAGACGUUGUUGUGGAUUUGAAGACCUGGAGUCUGGAAGAACAUCAGACAACUCAUCUGUCAAUGAGAAUCCACCUGGAGAGGAACAAAGGGAAGAGUCCGUCCAACUAAUCCCUAAAGAAUCUAAAGAUGACGUGAAGGUGGAUACGGCCCCGCGACUGUCUACAGAGGAGGAUAGCCUACAACUUCUAGACAUGGGUCUUUGUGGACAAGAUGGAAAACCGGCUGUGAAUCUAAAAGAGAAUGGAACAGCCUCGUACCAUGCUCAAGUAUCAAAUGGAUGACCAAUGUAUAUAGUUUUCUUAGCAUAUUAAGUACAAAUACAUGAUAAUAUUGUAUCUGGUUAGUGUCUAUCCUGGAUCAGGAUAGUAGACAGAACACAUCUGCGAGGGAGCUGAUGCCCAAAAAUAAGAGUCACGUAGGACUUGAACACGAAGGACUUGAACACGAAGCAGAAAUGUCUAUGAUGAUGAGUUAUACCUGGGACUCAAUGACUACAGUGCAGACUAUAAUCUCAUGAUAAGGAUGUAAGAAGCUGCCGGCACAUAAUGGUGCUUAUAUAUAGACCUAAAAAAAAGGUGAAUUCCAAAAUACGUUGGUUGCUUUUUGUAUUUUUAUACUCCUCAUGUAAUCUUAAAACAAGUUGAAUAAAGCUGGAAUGUUUUGCUAAGAAGAUGAUGUCUGGAGUGCUGGCACCCACUCCUUAUUGGAGUUUGUCUUUUCACUAAUGGUGCCCGUGUGCCUUAUAUAUAUAUAUUGGCCGGACAUUUGUCCCAUUCACUCCA